AACACUCUGUUUGUGUCGGCAGAGAAACUCCCAAUUAGAUAUUUUCCUUCAUUUUCCCGAGAAUAAUUAGAGUCUGAAAGACUGAAGGAGGAAGACUCAUUCUGGGUUUCCUGGACGUGACAAUGAUGAAGAAAAGGUCAAAUGGGCAUUAUGGUAAAAUGAGUGAGAACUCAACCACAACGACGUCGUCUACGUCCGGAGAGGAAGCAACUGAGUGGGAGAUGAGACCUGGAGGAAUGUUGGUCCAGAAAAGAAGCGAGAUUAAGGAUGUUCCGGUUCCGAAUGUACGGCUCCGAGUCGCUUACGGUGCUCUCCGGCACGAGAUCUCGGUGAACUCUCAGGCCACGUUCGGGGAGGUGAAGAAGCUUCUGACGGCUGAGACAGGGCUACAGCCGGAUGAACAGCGGGUGAUUUUCCGAGGGAAAGAGAGAGAAAACGGGGAGUAUUUGGACACGUGCGGAGUCAAAGACCGCUCAAAAGUCAUACUAAUGGAGGACCCGUCGAGCAUCGAACGGCGAGUCAUCGAGAUGCGGAGGAACGCCAAGAUCCGGAGCGCGCACCGCGCCAUCUCGGACGUGUCCAUGGAGGUUGAUAAGCUUGCGGAGCAGGUCUCUGCCAUGGAAAAGUCUAUCUCAAAUGGGGUUAAGGUACCUGAAGUUCAGAUCACUACAUUAAUUGAGAUGCUCAUGAGACUAGCAAUCAAGCUUGAUGGCAUUUCUGCAGAAGGAGAUGCUCUUGCUCAGAAGAAUUUGCAGGGGAAGAGAGUGCAGAAGUGUGUUGAAACCCUUGAUGUGCUGAAGAUAUCAAAUGCAAGAGUAAAGCCUGUUAUUGUCACAACCAAGUGGGAGACAUUUGAUCCUCCACCAUCCACAGCCCAAUGGGAAUUUUUUGAUUGAUGUCCCACAUCGUUUAUUUUCUAAUUUCUUUGUCUAUUCAUUCGAGUGUAGUUACCUCCAGAGGAAGGAAUAUAAGCGUGCUACUUGCCACGCUACUUGUACUUAUUCCCCCCCUUCCUCCAUGAACUCUGCCAAUAAGCAUUGAUUGUGAUAAAUACAUAAUUGAAAUUUUGUUGAAACA